UACAGCACGGCUCUAGUUCCUGGUUGAUGGGAUAACACGCUUUCGGCGACUCUUGGCUCAUCACGCAACAUCAACUUUUGAAAGCAUGGAAUUAGUAGGUUCUUAGUUUACCAAAGAGACACAAUCGAAAAUAACGUUAAAACUCCAAGUGCGUCGGUUGUAGGUUUUGCUCGAGGCAUGGCUCUGUAGACUCCUGCAGGUUUGCUCACAGUAGGCUUGCCAGCUUGCAACCGCCAGCUAAGCUAGCUAACUUGCUAGCUAGCAACAUUGCAGUCCAAAAUGACUGACUGCUGCGCCGCAGCGAACUGUAAUUACCAGCAAGGGGAAUCCGAAAACUCCCCUCCACUUUUCAGCUUUCCUUUGGAUCCGGAGCGAUGCAAACAAUGGUUGAACAACUGUCAACGCCCAGAUUUGGCAUCAGAACCACCUGAGCAGUUGCAUAAACUGUACAGACUUUGUGCAAAGCACUUUGAGCCCGCUGUGAUCGCUCAUCAGAGCGCCUCCAGUUUUGUCUUGACGGACGAUGCUGUUCCAACAAUAUUUGACUUAACGAUGCCUGUGGAUAAUCAAUCAACCUACAACAGGAAAAGAGCUAGAGAUCCUUCUGAAGAGGAACCUACCUCUGUGAAGAAAACAAAAGAAAACACAGCAAUACAAACAGAAGGGACUGAGAAGAGUGGAGAAUCACCUGGAGAGAACAGCGCAGUGCCUGAACUGCAAAAAGAGAACCAAACCCAGGAGGAUGGAGCCAGCUCUAACGCAAAAGAGACGCUGAAAGUCUAUUUCAAGGAAAUCCUGGCACUGACUGGAUUCAGCAUAAAUGGUGCAAACAUCAACACUGACGAGCCAAUCGGAGGUGCGAGAGGACAGCAGGCUCUCAAUCGUAUCUGUGUGGAGAAAAUUGACAAGAAAGAAAUCCUCCAGUUCAGCGAAGACCUCAUGCGGGAAGAGAUCCAAAACAGCCUCCGACAGGCACGCUUCUUCUCCAUUCUGCUUCAGGAUGUGACCCGCAUAGAGGGAAAGGACCAGAUCCCAGUUUUCAUCAGGUCCGUUACGGUAGACGGCUUCCCACAAAAGCACCUCAUUGGGUUCUUACCAUGCGACAUGGAUGUAGAGAAUCUGUUUUACAUGCUUCUCUCAGAGUUGCGCAACAAAUGGGGGCUGAGGAUGGAGCACUGCAGAGGACUGACUUAUCUGAUAACGGGCAGCAUGUGUCAGAAAAUGCGAGACCUUACCUCCAGGAUUCUGCAGGAGUUCCCACAAGUAGUUCUGUCACCAAGUGACCCAUAUGCCUUCAACAUAUGGAUUAUCCGCUGCAUGCCUGUGCCCUCCAUUCAAAUUGUGGCUAACGCUGUUGAGGAGGUGGCCUCGUUACUCAGGAGAACACCAGAGCUGUGCAAAAGACUGGAGGGAAAGAUACAGAUGGCAUAUGGGCAUAUCAAAGGGGAGGUGGGCAGGAUCAAGGCAGCCGUCAGUGAGAAUUGGGAGUAUGGCACUGACGCCUUCCAGACCAUGUUAGACAUUCUGGAGCCAUUCCUGAACUGCAUCAAUGAGAUGAUUUCAAAGGUAGAUGAAAAUACUGCUGAACAGAUGGCCAAGCUCAAGCCAGUUUUGAAGAAUUUCAACUUCAUCAUCACACUUGUUAUUCUGAAGAACACCCUCUGUUGUGUUAGUAUACUCAACUCGAGUCUCAGGGGAAUAAUUAGCAUCAGCAGUACGUUGCAGUACACCAUUUCCAAUGCCUUAAAGCUGGUAAGCAAAUACCAACAGGAGCUUGCAAUAUUCCACAGGAAGUGGUUUUCAGACGCAGCUGGCAGAGCGAAGAAGCUGGGAGUGGAGGUCACUAAACCAGAGGGGGACCAAGGAGACACAACUGAAACCCCACUGGAGGACUUUUACAGGGAAACUAUAAGCCGGCCCGUCUUGCUGUAUCUCGUUGCAGAGGUGAAGAGAGUGUUCAGUACAGAGAUGGUGAGGAUUCUCCGAUGGCUUUCAUUAGUGCCGUCUUACAUGGCUGACCACAAUUUCAGCAUCCGCAGGGAUAAAGUAGCAGAUGCCAACUUGAACAACCUUGCCAGGCCUGACACAUUCUACGAAGAGCUUGGCUGCUGGGAAGUGAAGUGGAGGCAUGCCAGCAAGCGCCGGAUCCUACCAACCACUGUGUUUGCUACACUCAAGAUUCCAGAUAUUGGGUUUUACCCGAACGUGCAGAGCCUGUUGCGGGUGUUGGGCACUGUUCCGUGUGUAAACGCAGAGACAGAUGUGUACGGUCAAUACCAUAUGGUACUGGAGCGGUGCCACUCCUACCUGAGAGCCACACCAGAGGACCAAAGACAAUGCAGCAUGGCAUAUGUCUACGUGAACCAGGAUGUGCACUUCAAUGUUGAACAAAUGGUGGAGUCAUACGCCCAGAAGCAUCCAGACAUCCUACAACUGCUGCAAACGGAUGAUGACACAAAGGCGAAGCCUCCCCAAGUGGCAUCCCAUGAGAACCAUGCAGAAAAGGACACGGAAGAAGAACUGCAGUUCAUAAACCUCGAGAUGGAUGCUGAAAGGCUUGUGGAGCUGAAGUGUGCGGAGACUGAUAGAGAAGCUCUUAAAUCUGCUUUGCAGGCUGCAGUGACGGCUGCGUACAGCAGUCAAAGCAGGAAACGCUGCGACGCUUCUGCUCAGGAAGGAGAGGUCGAGUAUGUGACCAAGUCAGAAAUGAAAGAAGUUCUCACUGUGUGCGAAAAUGCCGUCAGGGAGGGAAUCCUCUUGGAAGUGGGGACUUCAUUCUUUUCCUUGUUCAUUGACAGUGUUGUGAAGUUUGGGGAGAAAGACUACCUCCCACUUUUCCUGAGGUUUGUGGACAGUUUUGAUGUCAUGCGAUUGGAGUUGAUGGGAUUCCUCGAGGCAGAUCUGGAUUGCGAUGCCAUGGUACAGCGUCUCCUAGAAAUAGUUACAGUUGAGUGGAAUCUUGAUUUGAACAACUGCAGAGGUCAAGCGUACCUAGGCUCUGGUGAUGUUUCCUACAAGCUGAAAGCCUUUGCCUGCAAAGUCCAGGAGACUCAUCCUCUUGCUAUCAGCACCCACUGCUCUUCCUACUCUUUCAACACAUGGUGGUCAAAAUCAAUCCCAGUGCCUACUGUGAAGAGAGCCCUGGAUACAUUUGAAGAGGUUUUGAUGUUUUUUGGCAGCAGUGCUACUCUACAAAAACAGCUAGACCAUGUGAUAGCCUAUGGUCUUAGAGAGAGCUACGAAAAGGUCCAAGAGUUUCAGGGGAAGUUCUGUGCCCUUUGGCAGGAGAAGCAUGAUUCUUACGAGGUGUUUGUGCAGAUGCUGGAGCCCCUAGUUGAAUGUCUGGAGAAAAUCAAAAAUAACCCACAGAGAUGGAAGGCCUUUGUGUCCGACCAGGCUGGGGCCCUCCUCCGCAAUGUGAUGGAAUUUGAUUUCAUCAUUGCUAUGGUGGUCUUGAAGAAUGCAUCCUCUUUCACCAGAGAACUGAGCGCGGGUCUCCAAAAGGACCACUUCAGUGCCGCGUCCCAACUUUGCCAAAUCAGUGGUAUUGUGGCAACUCUGAACCGAGUAAAAACAAGUAUGAAGGUGUUUCACCAGAACUGGUUUGACGAGGCCUGUGCAAUGGCACAGAGUCUGAGAGUGCAGAUUGAAGUGCCUGAAAAUGCUUUGCAAAGAGACGGCAUGAUGAAGCCAGUCGGUUUUUACAAAGAUGGCUUAAGCGUGCCCCUAGUAGAUAACCUCAUCAAUGCCGUGAAGGAUCAUUUCUCAGAGGACCACAAAGAAGCUCUGAACUUCCUCUCCCUAGUUCCAUGCUCGGUCACAGUGAGUUACAUGUUUGAGAGCUUGAAGUCAAAGCCGCCACUCUACAGCAGUGAUCUUCCUGAUGCUGACAACUUCUUCACAGAGCUGUGCUGUUGGAGAGUCACAUGGAAGACCAAAGUUGCGUCUGUGACCAUCCCAGGCUCCAUAUUUCACACACUGCGCCUGCCACUAAUGCAGUACUUCGGUAACAUCAAUGCACUGCUGAGGAUUAUGUCAGUGUUACCCAGCACAGCACUGGAGGACUGUGGUGUCAUAAUGCGCCACAAGAGGUUCCAAGAGUACCUGAGAAAUACAAAUCCCAAAGACAGGUCCCCGGGCUUGGCUAUGCUGCAGGUGGGCACAGACUUCAGCAGAGACCUGGACCGCAUGGUGACCCAGUGUUUGAAGGUUACUCCCCAGGCCUUAGAGGGUAUAUGUCUGGACAAGGAAUCCAAAAGCAUCAUCAGAGACUCUGAAAAUAAUAUGGAAGUUGAUUGUGUCAAGGAGGAAGGCGAAGAGGUUAGAAUUCCUCAAUCUCCUGACCGGAUGGAGGACCAAAGCAUGAACCCCGCAGAAGAGAAUGGGCACUCGGGAGAUAAUCGUCAAGGCUUGACGACGGUAUUCAAACUUGCCACGUUACUAGGGAAAAAGAAUAUCAGUCUCUCAGACCUCUCAGAAGAGGACAGAGAGCUUUUCAUCCAGGAGCUCAGCAUGUGCCACUGGUCUAAAAAUGAGAGCAAAUGCACACCUUCAAUAGGUGAGGAUGAAAUGGUGAACCUCCUCAUAAGUGGAAUCAGAGAUGUCAUACUGAAGGAAAUACAGGAAUCGCCGUUCUUCUCGCUCAUCACAGACAAACCUGUUAAAAUUGCUGACAAGACCCACCUGCCUGUUUUUGUCAGGUAUGUUGGAGAAUCUGCUCCAAAAGUAGAGCUCAUGGGUUUCUUACCGUUUGACGAAAACUGUCACGUUGAUACACAGGCAGAAAACCUUGCAAAGAUUCUCACUGAAGACUGGGGCCUACCAAUGUCUCAGUGUCGUGGACAAGCAUUCAUGCACUUGGGCUCAGGUUAUCAAAGCCUGAAGAAAAUGUCUUUGGAUUUCCUCAGGAGCUAUCCGCUCUCCGUUGUAACACCCAGUGAGUCUUGUGGCCUUGCCCAUUGGCUGGCAGGAAGUGUGCCUUGCCCCUCAGUAGCAAAAAUGUUGGAUAUCACAGAAGACCUGCUGCUGUUCUUUGAUGAAUCUCCUUGUCUGGAGGGACAGCUCGCACAGGCUGUUGAUGGGCUUUUGAAUAUGCCAAGAGAGGCCCUGGAUGAAAUGCCAGAAACCUGUUGCUCGAGGUGGAAAAAGAGAGAGGACUUCUUUGACAUACUCGCUGACACACUGGAGGGCAUCCUCAGCUGCCUAGAUGCUGUUAGCUCUAGUUCCAUCGGUGCCAAGUCCAUGCAUGCACAAGUUCUCUCCACCGCUCUGAGAAAUCUGGAUUUCAUUGUCACCCUUGUGAUUCUGAAGAAUGCUUGCGCUCCUCUCCGUAACUGUAGCACCGUCUUCCGCUGUGGAAACCCUGCUGAUAUUCUCUGUGAAGUGGAAAAAAUCCCCUCGAUCAUAGAGACUCUUAGCAAAAUGUUAGAAAAUGUGAGCACGCUGCACUCGACUUGGUUUGAGCAGGCGUUCCAGCUAGCAACCAAGGUAGCUCCUGAACAGGUGUGCUUCUCCGAGGAAGCCAACAGCUACGAAUCUCCUGAGAUAUAUUACAGAGAAAAUCUGAGCGUUCCUCUCCUCCGAAGUCUCAUUGAUGAAAUGAAGUACAGCUUCUCCGACAGCCACUUGAAGGCCCUGUCGGUCCUGUCGUUACUGCCCUCCUGCAAUCCACAGCCCAUUUUGCCGGAGUCCACAGACAAGCCAUUCAGCCUCUACCUUGCGGAUCUUCUGGAGCCUGAAGCGGCCGAGCAGGAAAUCAACGCGUGGGCCGCCGUCUGGAGCGAAAAAUACCAGGACGCUGCUCCCCCGUCGUCCAUCGCGGAAACAUUAGUCCACCCCGAGUCAAAGAGCCACCCAACUGUUACCUCAAUGCUUCGGCUUGUAGCUGUCCUGCCUAGUGUCAGCAUGGAGUGUGACCUGAUGAAGACCACUCUGAAUUCCAUGAGGGACCUGUUAAAACACACCGUAUGCAAAGGCAGCAGAAAGGAUCACGUGUUGCUCCUCUUCCACUGCACAACACUGCAGAGACUGCCGGAGGUCAUUGAGAGGUGUAUGGAGGUUGACCCAGAGAGCAGUCCAUGUCUUUCCCAGGUGAUGGGAACUGUCCAAAGACUAAAGUUGGAGAGUGGAGGCGUGAAAGUGAACCCGGCGGCACCAACACAAUCGCACGUCUCCAUUGUAGCGGAGAAGCCUGCUGACGGCGAGGUAAAAUCGGCCGACAAUGACGUGACACUGGAAGCCGCGCAGGGACCGAGAACGGCAGUGUCUUUCUAUGAGCCUCAACUGCGUGAACAAAUCCUCAAAGAACUGUGGGACUCUCAGUUCUUUACGGUCAUAACCGAGCGAGCCGUGGAAAUCGACGGCGAGCUCUAUGUCCCGUUGUGCAUCAGGUACCUGAACAAAGAGGACAUCCAGUGUGAGGAAACGCUGGCUUUCAUCCCUUUCGUUGAAGACCCAGUCGUCCUCGCCGAUGCUAUUGAGACUGCCCUGUCUGAGAAGUGGGGGCUCAACAUGGAGUACUGUAGAGGGCAGGCCUUGCUGAGUGUCGGUGAAGUAGGAGCUCAGAUGAGGGCUGUAAGUUUAGCUAUAGCUACGAAAUACCCCCAGGCCGUGAGGUCGGUCAGCUCGGCUUUGUCUCUUAACGUAUGGCUGGCUAAAUCCUCUCCCGCCGAGGAAGCCGCGGACGGAGCGGCUCUCAUAGGGAAGAUAUUACAUUGGCUCACAGAGGACGUAGACCGCCAGAACAAACUGGAAGACGUGAUCCUGCACUUGUUCCAGCACGAUGAAGGCAAGGGCAACGAGCUGAGGGACAAACUCGUCAAAAACUGGGAGAAGAGCCACGACAUGCACGACGUGAUGGUAGACAUUUUAGAAGCCGUCAUGCUCUGUUUGAACGAGCUGAAAGGGGAGGGAAGUGCUUCACACCAGCAGCAAGCGUCGCAGUUUUUCGAUGCGAUCCGGAACUUUGAGUUCAUCCUGUCGACAGUGGUGCAGAAGAACAUCCUGAGUGUAACUCAAAAGCUAAGUCAGUCUCUUCAGGGCAAACCCUUAGAUAUGUUACUCGCCGUGAAUAAUUUGCCCGAUCUCAAAGCAUCCCUCGGUAAACUGAAGAGCGAUAUUGACAGCCAUCACAAGGCCUGGUUCGAGGAAGCCACCGCGCUGGCUCGUAAGCUCCACGUGACAAUGUUGCAUUCCGUGCUUCUGGAGCCGUUGAGCGAGUUUUACAAAGAAUCCGUAAGCAUGAAGGUUGUAGAGCACUCGAUAGCAGAAAUCGACGACCUCUUCACAGAAAAGGUAUUGGAUACCCUGAGGUGUCUGGAGAUUGUGCCUUACGCAAUGUCCAAAGUAGAAACCAGCAUCCUUAGUGGUCUCGUGUUCCGCCUGUACAAGGAGGACCUGCCAGAUCAGGGCUCUCUUCACACCGAGAUGAAGUCGUGGAAGGAGAAAUGGUUGGAUCCCCUGGCAGGCUAUCUCCCAACCACUGUGCUCGAUACGCUCAAGACGUCCCAGAUAAGAAGUUUUAGUAACAUUGAAACUCUGCUCAGGCUCCAGGUCAUCUUGCCGUUUUCAAGGAGGGAGAGCAACUUCCGGCAGGGAAAAAGGAGCUUCCAGGAGUUCAUGCUGCAGGAAAAGCGAUCCCUCGCUGAGCUCCAUCCUCUGUAGGAGUCGCAGGUCUUCCGUCACGGCCGGCCAAUUUGAGCAAAUGUGUUUUUGAGAUGUCACCGCCACCGUACUUAAGAACUAAUGUAACUCAACCCUAAUUGAGGUCCCAAGUUCUGAGCUCAAUAUUUCUGUGUACAUUAUUGAUCUAAAUUCUCUUGAGUUUUUUUUUGUUGUAUCCUGCAAACCAAGCCCUGUUAUGUUAUUUUUUUAAUUUUUUUUUUUAUUAUUAUUCUUCUGUAGUGUACAGUUGUACUGCCCAAUGGGACCAAUGUCUUGGCAAAAAAAAAGCAAUGCUUGUGUGCCUUGAUGCGAAACGAAUAAGUCACCCCCCCCCAUGUAUCAUGAUAAUUCGGAUGUUGAAAAAUGUCCCAUUGGCAUUGACAGAGUUCUGUAUCGCUUUCAUGGAUUCAUUAGAAUGAUUAAAUCGCACCCUUACCUUUCCUGGGCACAAAUAGAAAUGGUUAGUUCCAUCAUGUCUUCUGAUGAUUUCUCAUGUUUCCUGUCUCUUUGCAGGAAUGAAUUUGCUGUAAACGUAUCUUUUGAAAGAAUGUUUCCUUAAUAGGAAAACCUUCAUAUAUAUAUUUGUCAAAAAAGUAAUAAAAUGCUCCAAAAAGA